UUUAUUUAAAAACCUAGCGGUCUCAUUUUCAUCCCUCGUUUCUCCUUGUUGCGGCCGCUCGUGGAGAAGAAGCCCCAGUAGGUAAGCCAUGGUUAAGCACAAUAAUGUUAUCCCUAGUAGCCACUUCCGGAAGCAUUGGCAGAAUUAUGUGAAGACAUGGUUCAAUCAACCUGCACGGAAGACAAGAAGACGGUUGGCUCGCCAAAAGAAAGCUGUUAAGAUUUUCCCUAGGCCUACAGCUGGGCCUCUUAGACCUAUUGUUCACGGCCAAACUUUGAAAUACAACAUGAAGGUCAGAGCUGGCCGAGGGUUUUCACUUGAAGAACUGAAGGCUGCUGGUAUUCCCAAGAAGCUUGCUCCAACCAUUGGCAUUUCUGUUGAUCACCGCCGCAGGAACCGUUCUUUGGAAAGUCUUCAAGCUAAUGUCCAGAGGCUGAAAACAUACAAGGCCAAGCUCGUUGUGUUCCCAAGACGUGCACGCAAGGUCAAGGCUGGUGAUUCAUCACCCGAGGAACUGGCAAAUGCAACACAAGUCCAGGGUCCGUUCCUGCCAAUUGUGAGGGAGAAGCCCUCAGUGGAGCUUGUUAAGGUUACCGAUGAUAUGAAGGCAUUCAAGGCUUAUGAAAAGCUUCGUGUUGAGCGCACGAACAAGAGACACAUUGGUGCCAGGCUGAAGAGGGCUGCUGAGGCAGAGAAGGAAGAAAAGAAGUGAAGUGCUGGUGAAGCUACCUAAUAUUCCCCGUGUAAUCGUUAAUCCUUGAUAUUUUUGUUCGAGUUUCAGUAGUCUUAAGAGCAAAUUUUGUUCAGGAUCUGUACCCUUUUACAAGUUAUUUUCCGGAUCGUUAUUCUAGCUGCGUUAGCACAGUGGCUUGCAUGAAUAUUUUGGGGUCAGUUUGGACCAUAAAUUUCAAUUGCUUACCUUGAAAACCUUCCAAUUUUCAAUAUUUCACUUAAUUGUUUAA